AUGAUAUUACCACAUCCAAUUAUCGCCAUCGCAGGACUCGCCUGCGAGACCUCCAGCUUCUCCCCCGCUCGGACACUCCGCGACGCCUUUCAUCCGAAACGUGGACUGGAGAUUAUUGAGAAAUAUGCAUUUUUGCAGGAUGGUAGUUCAUUGGCAGAUAUAGCGGAGUGGAAAGGAGCUCUUAUUGGCCACGCACUUCCGGGCGGGAUCGUGGUUAGAGAUGAUUUCGAACAUCUCGUCAAAGAAAUCCUGGAUCGACUGGCGGAAAUCAUCGCUUCCACCCCCAUUGACGGGUUGUGGUUCGAUAUUCAUGGAGCAAUGUGCGUGGAGGGGCUGGAUGAUGCCGAAGCCGAGCUUCUUCGCCGUAUUCGAACUGUUAUUGGCCCUGAAGUUCUGGUCUCCUCGUCUAUGGAUUUACAUGGGAAUGUGUCUAGAGAUCUGGCCCACCAGACUGACCUGAUUACCUGCUAUCGAAUGGCACCACAUGAGGACGCUUUGGAAACAAAGGAGCGCGCUUGCCGAAAUCUCGUUGAUCUUCUAAUUGCUUCAAAACAAACCGCGAAACUGACUCGACCUUUGAAAGCAUGGGUCUCAAUUCCUAUAUUGCUACCGGGGGAGCAAACCUCAACACGUAUCGAGCCCGCCAAAAGUUUAUAUUCCCUGGUUCCAGUUGUUGAAGCGAUGGAAGGGGUACUUGACGCAUCUAUUUGGGUUGGCUAUGCAUGGGCAGAUGAACCUCGAAACCAUGCAGUGGUGGUAGUCACUGGGUGGGACGAAGUUAUUGUCACCGAGCAAGCCGAGCGACUUGCCUCCAUCUUUUGGAGGUUCCACAAAGAUUUCCAUUUUGUCGCACCUACGGGCUCUCUGUCUGAAUGUCUCGACAACGCGAUUGCAUCUGACAACAGACCGUUUUUCAUAUCCGAUUCGGGAGAUAACCCAACUGCAGGAGGAUCUGGAGACGUAACUUUAAGCUUGAUCGAACUGCUGCAGCGAGCUGAGUUUCAAGAGAAGACAGGCCCGUCAGUUAUAUACGCCAGUAUCCCGGGACCCCAGGCAAUCAAGAUCAUUACCGAGGCUGGCGUUGGUGCUAGUGUCACAGUUACUGCCGGAGCACAAGUGGACAAUGUCCAUUCAGGGCCUGUGACCAUGACCGGUCGUGUAUUUUCGAUCAAACACGGGGAUCAAGAUGCUGAGAUCGAAGCAGUGUUACAAGUUGGAAGCAUUUUUGUCAUUUUGACAAAGUUGCGAAAGCCCUACCACCACGAGAGUGACUUUACCGAUCUUCAUUUGCAUCCACGGUCAAGCGAUAUUGUUAUCGUAAAGAUUGGAUAUCUAGAGCCAGAUCUAUAUGCCAUGGCUGGUGGCUGGAUGCUUGGAUUGACCACUGGUGGGGUUGAUCAAGAUUUACAACGUCUCGGGCACCACCGAAUUCACCGUCCGAUGUGGCCUUUCGACAAACCAUUCAGGGAGACUCCAAAGCUUAAGCCACAACUAAUUUCACCCUCUAACAAGCCACUCCAGGUAAAAUCGAGAUGA